UAAUUCUGCACCAGUUAAUCGCCUUCACCAACAACAAAACUCAAAAUUCUCUCACUGAUUUCUGUCUCUGUCGCUUCUACAUUGCUUUUUUGAAUGCGGAGUUAAAGCGAAGACGAAAUCACAACCGUUCAAUUUCAAAGGCUCCUCAGAUCAAGUCAAUUUCACAGAGAAACCAAAAAAGAGGGCUUUUGAUAGGAGAGGAAUGAAUACGAUGGGGCGGCAGAGAUCAGGCGCGCCGGCGGCGCACCAUCAGCGGCAGUACUCGGAUAAUUUUCUAGAGACUUCGUCCAACGGCAGAUGGCUGCAAUCGGCUGGUUUGCAGCAUCUACAGUCGACAAAUAACGCGGCUCCUCCAGUUCAGGAUUUUGGGUACAAUAAAGGUGGGGGUCAUGGUUCAGGAUUGUAUAGGAGUUUGCAGGGACAGAGAAGUUACACUGGAAGCAUUGACCUGUUUUCGGAGCCAUUAUCGCCGCCUGGGAAUCUGGGAAGGCAGAACGUGGAGGGGCAAAAUUCACCGAAUGAGUAUAGCCCGGGUCUUUUGGAUCUUCAUGCUUUUGAUACGGAGCUUCUUACUACGGUGCCAGCUACUGGUUUAUAUGAUCGCCCUUCAGAAAAUCACUUUCCACGAGGCAGAAGUUUUGACGACUUGGACCCUUUCUUUGGAAACAAUAAACAAGGUGGCAGAACCGGUGCUUUGCCCGAUGGAAAUGUUCUGAAAAGUAUAGCAGCUGAUAAUGUGAAGGCUAGCAAUGUGGCAAAGAUCAAAGUAGUGGUACGAAAAAGACCUCUUAACAAAAAGGAGUUGGCAAAGAGUGAAGAAGAUAUCAUAGAAACUUAUUCCAAUUCUCUAGUGGUCCAUGAGGCAAAACUUAAGGUUGACCUGACAGAAUAUGAAGAAAAGCAUGAAUUUGUUUUUGAUGCUGUGUUGAACGAAGAAGUUUCAAAUGACGAAGUGUAUCGUGAAACUGUUGAGCCUAUUAUUCCAAUAAUUUUCCAACGCACCAAAGCCACCUGCUUUGCUUAUGGCCAAACAGGUAGUGGCAAAACUUACACCAUGAAACCACUGCCCCUUAGAGCAGUAAGGGACAUCUUGAGGCUCAUGCACCACACUUACAGGAACCAAGGAUUUCAGCUGUUUGUCAGUUUCUUUGAGAUAUAUGGAGGAAAGCUUUAUGAUCUGCUUGGUGAUAGGAAAAAACUGUGCAUGAGAGAGGAUGGAAAACAGCAAGUUUGUAUUGUGGGCUUGCAAGAGUACAGAGUGUCAGAUGUGGAGAUAGUUAAGGAUCUCAUUGAGAAAGGAAAUGCAACAAGAAGUACAGGCACCACAGGUGCAAAUGAGGAAUCAUCGAGGUCUCAUGCCAUUCUUCAGCUUACGAUUAAGAGAUCAGCUGAUGGUUCUGAAACUAAACCUGCCCGGGUUGUUGGCAAGCUCUCCUUCAUAGACCUUGCUGGAAGUGAGCGUGGUGCAGAUACUACUGAUAAUGACAAGCAGACCAGGAUGGAAGGAGCUGAGAUUAAUAAAAGUUUGCUUGCACUGAAGGAGUGUAUUAGAGCACUUGACAAUGACCAAGGACACAUUCCAUUUAGAGGCAGUAAAUUAACUGAAGUUUUAAGGGACUCGUUCGUUGGGAAUUCUCGUACAGUUAUGAUAUCGUGUGUUUCCCCAAAUGCUGGAUCGUGCGAACAUACCUUGAACACGUUAAGAUAUGCCGACAGAGUAAAGAGCUUGUCAAAAGGAAAUAACUCCAAGAGAGAUGUUUUCUCAUCAACCUCAAAUCUGAAGGAGUCGAUGAUGCAACCCUCGUUGCCAGUCGCAGCACCAGCAUCAAGUUUUCAAGAUGAUACGGGUGAAACCUGGACUGAGCAAACUGAUAGGGAAGAAUAUGUCGAAGAUGAGCCAGAGAAGCCAUCAUGGAAGAAUAUGAAAGCGGAAUCUAUUAGCUUCUCCAAUCCAGAUGAUAAAUUGAAGAGAUCCAAUGGCCAAUCAAAAUGGAUGGAACCUCCUAAAGCAGAACCCAAACGUUCAAGCUCUGAAGAUGAUUUGAAUGCCCUGUUGAAGGAAGAGGAAGAUCUUGUCAAUGCUCACCGGAGGCAAGUGGAGGAGAUUAUGAAUAUUGCUCGUGAGGAAAUGAAUCUAUUAGUUGAGGCCGAUCAACCGGGCAAUCAAGUAGAUGAUUAUAUCUCCAGGCUGAGUUCCAUCCUAUCUAAGAAGGCUGCUGCUAUCUUAGAGUUACAGAAUCGAUUGGCUCGUUUUCAAAAACGCUUGAAGGAACAGAAUGUCCUCGUCUCUUCAGCCUACUAAUAUUGGCAGGCAUUUGUUUGAUGCAGCUUGCGUGCGUGCAUACAAAGGCGAGGAGGCUUGAGCUCAUGUUAGCCUUUGGCUAGUUAUGUUUGUAUGCAUAUGUUUCUAAGCCAACCACAAUAUUUUUUCAGCCCAUAUUGUAUAAUCUUGAGAGUAUUUGUACAAGUCGUGUGGUCUUUGCACCUUGAAAUUUUCUGUUUUCUGCUUUUGUACUAGUGUAGUUGUAUAUAGCCCAUGAUUUGAUUUUAGCUCUACUCUUUAUAUAUACAUGAUUUUUUAA